AUGACUUUUUCUUCGCUUAUUUUAACAUUAUCUUGUUCAAUUAUUUGUGUGCUGGCUUAUACUGACCCAUCUGCAACAAAUCCACAAUUAUUAAAAAGAUUUGACUAUAAACUAUCAUUUAAAGGCCCACAUCUUGCUUUUAAAGAUGGAACAGUACCAUUUUGGACAUUUGGUGGAAGUGCUAUUGCUAGCGAUGAUCAAGUACGUGUUACACCAUCGAUUCGUAGUCAAAAAGGCUGGAUUUGGAGUAAUAAUCCAUUAACUGCUGAUCAUUGGCUUCUUGAUAUAAAAUUACGUGUAACAGGACGAGGUCGUGUUGGUGCUGAUGGAAUGGCUAUUUGGUUUACCGAUAAACCUGGUGUCGAAGGUACUGUUUUCGGUUCCAAUGAUCAAUGGAAAGGCUUAGGCAUAUUCUUGGAUUCAUUUGAUAAUGAUGCAUUGCAAAAUAAUCCAAUUAUUGCUGUCAUGAUUAAUGAUGGUACAAAAGCUUAUGAUCAUCAACAUGAUGGUAGUAGUCAAAUUCAAGGCAGCUGUAUUCGAGAUUUUCGAAAUAAACCAUUACCUAUUCGACUUAAAAUUGAAUAUAUUAAUCAAGCAUUAACCAUUUAUAUUAAUAAUGGAAUUUCACAAGAUGAUAAUGCAUUUGAAUUUUGUACACGUAUUGAUCGAGCACAAUUACCUCAAAGUGGUUAUCUUGGUGUUACAGCUGCAACAGGUGGUCUUGCAGAUGAUCAUGAUGUUUUAGAAUUUUUAACAAAUACUUAUUCGGAAAGACAAGUUUCAGCACAAAAUCAAGCUGCAAAUGAUGAACAAGCACGAAGAUAUAAAGAAGAAUAUGAAAAAUAUGAACAAGAACUUAAAAUACAACAAGCCGAUUAUCAAAAAAGUCAUCCAGAUGCAGUAACACAAAUUAAUGAACAACAAGUGUAUGAAUCUGAAUAUGAUCGUGAAUUUCGUGUUAUCUUAGAAGGUCAAGAUCAAAUUCGUUUAUCAAUAUCAAAUGUUGAUCGAAAAAUGGCUGAAGUUUUGGGACGAAUUGAACGAUUAUCAAUCACGGGUGGCGCACCACAACAAAUCGGUGAACAAGCUCAAGGUGGAACUGGUGUUGUAUCUGGUGUACCUGCUGAUGUUGCUCGAAUUCAAGAUAUAAAUCGAGUAAUUAAUGCAAAUACAGAUAUGACACGAACUAUUCAAAGUUUUGCUCAAGUAUUAACUGAUCUUCAACAAAAAGUUGGUUAUCUCCAAUCAAAUCUCGUUAAUCAACAGCCAGUUGGUACAGGACAUCAAGCACCAUCUGGUUCAAAUGCAGAUUCAACUGUCUUAAGUGAACUUCGAGACACAAUUCGUCAGAUUAAAUCUGAAACAAAUACACUUCUACACAAAGCACCCAAUCAAGUAACAUGUCCAAGUAUUAAUGGUUUAAGUGAUUCGACAUGUCUUGGCCCAUAUACAUUCUUCGUAAUAAUUGCUUUACAAAUUGCUGUAGUACUUGGUUAUUUAACAUUCAAAAAUCGUCGAGAACAACUCUCACGAAAAUAUUUGUGA